GUCCUAUGUGACAUGCUUAAGCUUAAUUCCAGGGUAUAUAAGAGAGGCCACUUCAUGUCAUAAGCAGAACUGCACAUGUAAAGGUCUAGAGUGGUUUCCUGCUGACAUUCAAGCCAUAGCAUAGCUCAGAAGUUGUCAGCUCUCACAUAAUGCCUGAAACAAAAGAAUUAUGUGAAGCCACAAAGGCAGCCAUCUUGGCACUGCUGAAAACUGGCAUGAAUGAGAGACCGGCAGCAAAAAGACUGAAGAUCUCCAAGGCAGCAGUUCGUGACACCAAGAAAAAACAAGCCGAACAUGAUACUACCAAAUUGCGAGCUGGCCGCAGGAAGAAAUGUCUUUCUACCCCACAAGAUGACUGUGUACUCAUCUGUUCCUGUGUCAGGAAUCAUCGUCAGAUCUUUAGGGACCUUAAAAAUGAGUGUGCACUGCUAAGAAAUAUGAGUUGAUUGGCAAGGACAGUCCGAAACUGACUUCUUGAAGCUGGUCUGAAAUCACACAGGGCACAAAAGAAGCCUUUUACCAACGAAAUGCAGAGGAAAGCCCGGUUCUCUUCACGAGGUUUGGACUGUUGAUGAUUGGACUAAGUUUCUCUUCAGAUAUCAAUCCAAUUUUCAGUUGAUGCCCACUCCAGCCAACUUACUGUUUAGGAGGCAGCCUGGAGAAGCCUACAAACCAGACUGUUUUGCCUCUACAGUUAAACAUGGGGGUGGAUCAGUAUGGGUGGAACAGAGCAAUUGCAAUUGUGUGAAGGGCGAAGGAACCAGGAGAAAACUUGGGUAAUUAAAGUCAAUGGGCUAGUAAAUUAAUGUGCCACAUGGACAUGUCAAGAAAUUACUUCCCCAAGCAAAAUACACAAGAGGAUAGACAAGUGCAUCAUGUCUAUAUGUACACUUUGACUUAGAAGGGAUAAUAUUAAAUGAGAGAAGUUGACUGAUACUUAAAUUAAUGUUUGAAAACAAUACAGAUUUCCUUAGAGUCUUACUGCAUUGUGUUGUGCUAUACUUGGAUAGUUACCAAAUGUUUUCAUUUACACAAAUAAAGACAUUUGCACCAUAAAUUGAUGCAGUAAAAGCAGAAACUUGCAGGAAACUGAGUGGUAAGCGUGUCCUAUCCAGUGUUCAAAUAAAACCUCAACCCUACCUUGAGGUUGUGUCCAGAGCUGCCGACAGAGGGCGCUGUUGCACCUCCAAACCGGCGGCAGCAGUUAGUCCAGCCCAUAGACUGGAGCUCCAGAGACGCCAGCAGCACAUGAUGGACCGUCUUUGAGCUUCACGCCGACACGGCUCAUCAAUCCGCGGGGAAACUUUUCAGUCGACGCCUUAUUUGACCUGAAAGAGCUCCGCUGUGGGAUUAUUUCAUGGCUCGACUUUGAACAAACCUUCGGAUCACAGAGGACAGAUUUAUGUGGGCGACCUACACCAGAGCACCAAAUACAUGCUCCUUGAGAACUUCUCCCUCACAGGUUAAAGCACAGCUGCCCGAAAACUGCAAUGUCAUCCAAAAUGCACAGCUCCAGUAGUAUUGCUCAGGCCAGGCGGACGGUGCAGCAACUGAGGAUAGAGGCAAGCAUCGAGAGGAUAAAGGUGUCCAAGGCUUCGUCAGACCUGAUGCGCUACUGUGGAGAACACGCCAAGAAUGAUCCGCUGCUCAUGGGCAUCCCAGCUUCAGAAAACCCUUUCAAAGAGAAGAAGCCUUGCACUGUUUUGUAGAGAAACAUCUGAACUCUGGCUGCUUUCAAUUUGGAUUCUAAUGUGUAAAAGCGCUGAUAGUAAUGCUGUUCACGACUUGCCUUAAGGCCAGUACACCUGUUAAGUUUUUCACAUGCCUGCUGCGGUUUGACAAAGAAUGCAGUCCCCUCUGUCUUUCAGCCAGAUAACAGUGACACCAAAGAACAGGCAGAAAUCUGAUGCUGUGGCCUCGGAUCAAAGCUUUAGCUCAAACAAUGAUGAUUAAUAUUUUGCAUGAGGGCUCGUUGUUGACUUUUGUUUCUCUGCACUGUAAUCUGACAGAUCUCGAACCCCACAGAGGUCAGCCAGAAAGAAGCUGUGCAUGAAUGAGGGAGAUGAUGACUCCGUAAUUAUCACAGCAUGCAUAAACAUGCGGCCUCAAUCAUCAGUCCAAUCAGAUUUAGGCUUUCACCUCUUGCUUUCAUCAGGCUUACUUGAGGAAAUGGUUGUUGCAGUUUGUGUCCUACUGAUAAUGAGCACCGAGAUAAUGACAUCCUGUCGUUCGACGGGUAAACUGUGCCGUCCAUCACAGGAGGACAGAUGGGGAGAGUGGCGGUUCAUUGCCGCUAAUGGACAGCUUUUGCUUUGUAUAGUCGCCUGCAGUAAGAAGUAGUAGUUUUUAAAAGUGAUCAUUAAACUGUUUUUCACCCCCUCUUUGCACAGAGCAAACACUUGGGUUCAGACUGUCCUGACAUAUUCCGCUGAACCUAUCCAGAGACAAACAUUUAAGUUCAAAUAGUGACAUUUUCAUCUAUAUUAAGACAUAGUGAUAAGAUGUGGGGAUGAAACGAUAACAAUUUAUAUUUUCUAAGUUUUCUUUGAACCCCCUGCAGUUUAGCAGUGCAGCAACUUUAAUUGAAUUCAGAGCAACUCUUUUCAAUAUCAUGAAUGUAGCAUCCACAAGUUUUAAUACCUGAUAAGUGAUUUUCCUCAUCAAAAUAUAAAAUAUCUUUCCCUUUUCAACAUAAAAAGUACCAGAAUGAAACAUUUUCCUCAGACCACUUUGUAGAUGAUACUUUAAGAUGGGGUACAAUCAAAAAGUUCUUGGACUAUUUGUGGUGCAUGCGCAUAGAGCAUGUCAUGGUCAUUUACCUGCAAUAUUGUCCGAGCACCACAGGCCAACGUGCUGCAUGACAUUAGAUGAUCAACAGCAAGGUCUGUGUUAUACAGGUUUAUGUGACCACUGAUAGGUGUGCAUUGGCAGUCCUAAUGUGGGGCUCAAACUAGAGCACGUUAGCAGUGAGGAUGAUCAAACCUUUAUGUGAAAAUAAUCACUGUUGAUAAAAACUGAGUCCAAACAACAGUAGAAGAGCUUCUAUCUCCGAGACCAGAGAAGGUGCAUCAGGCCAAGAGCACCAGGAGCAUCUUAGCUGUUUUCUUCAACAUUUUUGGAUGUUUGCACCAUAAAUUCCCCUCCAGCAGGGAGUUUUUCCGUAACAUACUGAAGCAUCUGAAUGAGAAAACAACCUGAACUGCGGUACAAUGGCAUGUGGGUGCUCAAAUGUACUUUGCGCCUCUAAAUGCCUCACCAGAUUUUGUUCCUUUGACCUCUUCCUUUUCCCCAAACGAAUUUAAAGUUGAAGUAGAUCCGGUGCCUAUCAGAUGAUGCUUGACAUGUUUACAUCACGGGACAUUUGGAGAACAUUACAAGCUUGACUCUAGAGGAGUGGUGUAUUGUUGCGCAAGGAGACUACUGUGUCAGUGAUGGUAGUGACAGUUACAUCUGGUACAGUUUUUGAUUUUUGAUAUUAGAAUCACAGUCUUGCAGCAUUUUGAUCACGUCUCAUAUUUCCUAUUCGUCAAGUUUCAAAAAAAUAAUACACCAUCAUCACAGAAGAAAAAUAUUCGACACCAGUCUGUGCCAUCUGAUCAGAUAGUUUGUCUGCUCCUGUCUGCAGACCUGUCGCUUCUUACUGCACUAUUCAGACACUGUGAAACCUGCAAACACCAGAUGACUGUUAUGAGUCUGAAACAUUCCACGUUUGCAGCUGUUCUACUCUGAGUUUAUCUUGUUGACAUAGCUGUAACUUUGUGACAUUUGUAUGUUGUGCUCAUGCAAAAAAGGAAAAAAAAAAACAGAAGCAACUAAUUUUGCAAUUUUUACCAGCCGCAGCCUUAACGAUGAAGUGAUCCUGCUUCAACCUCUAAACUACCUUUUAGUCACAUAAGUGCUGUUGUCUAAAACUGUGAAUAACAAAGCCCCUUUAGGUGAGUUAAGGGAGUAUAUCUUAUUGUAUUUACCCUCUUAACUCCAUGUAUGUGUAUGACAUAGUUCAAAAUGAGUCAUGCUCACUAAUCAAUUGCAUUAAGAUGCAUCUCGUAUGUCCAUAUAUGUUGUAGCUAAGUGUGGAUGUUCAAACACCACAGUUUGUGCUUGCUUGUUACUGUUUAACAUAUUGAUUCAAUCCAACCUCACUUUUGCAAAAUGAAUUCAUCGUUUUGAAUUAAAACUGAAUGUGUUUGGGUUAAUGGUUUGUUUGUUUUUUCUAGUGAAUUUGUGCUUUUGUCAGAGAAACAUUUACAGUAUGUGGUUUCGCACACAUGGUGUGUGUAACAACUUACUGUUAUAUUCAGCCUUUACCUGUUGGUGGUAAGUGCAAAUAAACUUUAAAAAUUA